AUGCCCGCGUUCGUGCCUCUACGGAGCCGAAAUGCCCUUCUGUGUUCGCUGGGAAUAGUGGCCCUGCUGCUGUUCCUGGUACAUCAGUCUGGUUCGCCCACGCCGGCGCCUCUGCCGCCCAUGCCAGGCACCUACCAGUACUUCACCGAAAUCGACUUUAAGUAUCACACGCGACAAUUUGGAGCCAUCAGCCAUUGCGAUCCGAGAUUCGCACCAAAGGACCCCCCUGGGAUCCCCGAAACGCGGCAGGCGCUGGUCGCACUGCUGAAAUCUUACAUGGCAACCAUGAGCCAGCUAGGCGCUGACGACGGUACAUGGAUCGCUCACGGCGCCUUACUGGGCUGGUAUUGGAAUCAAAAACUGCUGCCCUGGGAUACGGACCUGGACGUGCAAAUGUCGGCUGAGACGCUGGCCUAUCUUGUCCCCUUCAACAUGACAGAGUACUGGUAUGUCAUGGCCGGCGAAGAGAAACCCAGGACAUACCUGCUGGAUAUCAACCCGCACCAUUCGAUUUCGUCGACCCGUGAUGUCGCCAACAAAAUUGACGGCCGCUGGAUCGAUACUUCCAACGGCAAGUACAUCGACAUCACAGCCGUGCAUGUUCGCCCCCUACUGUCAGAUGUCCAAGACCCGCCGCAAGCGCCGAUUUUGUUCUGCAAAGACGGUCAUGAGUACCAGAGGGAUGAUUUGUUUCCGUUACGCGAUACGAGCCUAGAGGGUGUCCGGGUCAAAGUGCCUCGAGACAGUGCGAAGGUGCUUCAGGAUGAAUAUGGGAAGAAGUCUUUAACAAACACACGCUUUCACUGGCAUCGAUUUGACAAAUCAAAGCAAAUCUGGGAGCCGGAAUGA